UUCCCUGGCUCUGUAUUUAUAUAUUUUUUCUUUUCACAAACUUUCCCCCCCCUCUCUGUUUUAACUUGAAACGGAGUCGCGGUGGAUUACCGGAUACCGGUCCGGGCGGAAGGGCACAGGGAGGGAAUGAACCGGGACAGCGGGUACGUUGUUAUAAAUAUACUUGUAUUUAUAUUAAAUGGUUAUUCGGAGUUUGAUUGUGAGUGAGUCGCCGUGCUGAGAGAGAGAGGCAGAGAAAGAGUGGGGGAGAGAGAGAGAGAGGGAUAUCAUGGCCGCUCAGGUCGCCAGCGUCGCCACUCUCAACCCUAACCCGCCAUCCGAACUCAAAAAGCCGGAUCGGGACCCGCAGGAGGAGUCGGUACCGGGUGAGAAACAGCAUGAAAAUAAGGAACCGGGACCUGACGGCGGAUCUCCCGGCCAGAAGGAGCUGCAGGACGGGACCGAUGCUGGGAAUGCUGGGGGAGGAGGAGGAGGGGAUCCUGACAUGAAGAACGGCAACGGGAAUUUGCCCAGGGUAAAUAAUAAUAAUAAUAAUAGCAGUAAUCAGAAUGAUUCAGGCGGGCCCGAAGGGAAUAACCAUCCCGGGAUGGGACACCAUCAUCACCACCACCACCACCACCAGGGCCCCUUUCCUCCACCUCCUUACGGUUACAACCAGCACUACAGCCGGGCCCCUUUUCAUCAACAUGGCGGACAACAAAGCCCUGGCAUGGCAGCUGCAUCGGGGCCGGGCAUGAUGGACCCUUACCCGGCUAACUCACACGAACACGGCUACCCGAACCAUUAUAACAACUACAGCCCGUUCCAGAGCAGGACUUCUUAUCAGGGACAAGGGUACGGGGCCAUGAAUUCCCCGCGUAACAACCAGCCUCCGGCGGCUGGUGGGCAGCCAGGCAAGCAGGCUGCCUCUUAUAAUAACCAGAGGUAUAACAUGGGGAACCAACAACCUACGUCAACGCCAACUUUAAAUCAGCUCCUGACGUCCCCCAGCUCUGCCAGGAGCUACCCGAAUUACCCCCAAGGAGACUAUAACAAUCAGGAAGGGGCCAGCAGCAAGGGACCAGGAGACAUGGGCAGCAGCCAGUAUAGUGGGGUCCAUCCGGGUUGGCAACAAAGGACCCACCACCCGCCUCCCAUGAGCCCGGGAAACACUGGACAGCCUCCAAACAGAAACCAGCCUCCAAGCCCAAUGGACCAGGUAGGGAAGAUGCGUGGCCAGCCAUAUGGAGGACCUAACCCUUACUCUCAGCCGCAGCAGCAAGGGCCUCCCACAGGGCCCGGACCACAGCAGGGAGGCUCUUACCCAGGGCAGGCCUACGGACCUCCAGGCCCACAGAGAUAUCCAAUGGGGAUGCAGAGCCGAACUCCUGGCGCUAUGGGUGGCAUGCAGUAUGGACAGCAGAUGUCAGCCUAUGGACAGCAGGGACCGGGUGGCUACAGCCAACAGAGUCAGGGCUACUACAGUCAGCAUGGCCCCCCAACUCACCCUGGCCAACAGCAGCCUCCAUACCCUGGCCAGCCCCAGGGCAGCUCUGGACCUCCCUACGCCCAGCAGGGCCUCCCCUCACAGCCCCCUGGCCAACAUGGACAGCCAGGUGCUCCUUACCCACAAUCUCAAGGUCCCCACGGCCCUCCUACAGGACAACCACCAUACGUCCCUCCUCAGCAGCAGCAGCAGCAGCAGCCGCAGCCGCAGCAGCAGCAGCAGCAGCAGCCGCCUCCUCAACAGCAGGGCCCAGGUCCUCAGAGUCAGCAGGGCCCUCAGGGUCAACCUGGCUACCCACAACCCACUGGUCCAGGGCAGCCACCACAACAGCAAACCCCACAACAGCAGCAGCAGCAGCAACAACAGCAGCAGCAGCAGCAGCAAGGGCCCCCACAACAACAACAACAGCAACAACAACCAGGAGGUCCGCCUCCUCAAGCCCAGCAACCUCCAGGUCAUGGUCAGCAGGGUCAGCCAUCACCUUACUCCCAGACACCCCCCCUGCAGCAGCAGCAGCAGCAGCAGCAGCAGCAGCAACAACAGCAGCAGCAGCAGCAGCAACAACCUCCACAGCAGCAACAGUCACCAUAUCAAAGGUUCCCACCGCCUCCACAGGAACUCUCCCAGGAUUCCUUCAGCUCCCAGUCCAGCGCCCCUCCUUCCAACCAGCCCAUGGCUUCCAACAAGAGCAGUCAAGAAGACAGCAUGCAGGCCCGGCCAUCCAGUCUGCCGGAUCUUUCGGGGUCUAUUGACGACCUGCCCACUGGUACGGAGGGAGCCCUGAGCCCCGGCGUCAGCACCUCAGGGGUGUCCAGCAGUCAGGGCGAGCAGAGCAACCCAGCUCAGUCGCCCUUCUCUCCGCACACUUCGCCCCACCUGCCGGGCAUCCGCGGACCCUCGCCAUCGCCUGUGGGUUCCCCAGCGAGCGUCACCCCCUCCCGCACCGGCCCUCUGUCCCCUGCUGCUGUGCCAGGUAAUCAGAUGCCUCCCCGGCCGCCCAGCGUCCAGUCAGACAGCAUCAUGCACUCUUCCAUGAACCAGUCAGCCAUGGGUCAGGACAGGGUGUACAUGCGCAACCCUCAGAUGCCUCCUUACGGGUCCCCUGGACAACCUGGCUCCGCCUUAUCUCCACGCCAGUCUUCGGGAGGCCAGAUGCAUAGUGGAAUGGGACCUUAUCCCCAGAACAACUCUAUGGGAAACUAUGGGCCUCAGGGGGGCCAGUAUGGCCCACAAGGUUACCCCAGGCAGCCCGGCUACACAGGGAUGCCCAACGCCAACUACCCCAGUGGUCCUGGCAUGGGCGGCUCCAUGAACCCCAUGCCCGGCCAGGGCAGCGGGGCUCCAUAUGGAAACAUGCCUCCUGGCAGAAUAGCCCCAGGACAGAUGGCUACUCGGCCCUACGGUCCCGCCAUGGCCACUAACAUGGGCGCCAUGCCUCCUCAGGUGGCGUCCGGGAUGUGUCCCCCUCCAGGCAUGAACAGGAAGGACGGCGGCCCCUCCAUGCACCACGGACCUACAAACUCCAUACAACACAGGCCACCUGGCUAUCCCAACAUGUCCCAAGGCAUGAUGGGAGCAGGCUCUCCAUACGGCCCUGGCAUGAACAGCAUGCACGGUAUGAUGAACCAGGGAGGUCCAGGACCAUACCCAAUGGGAGCCAACAUGGCCAACAAUACCCCUGGAAUGGCUCCAAGUUCAGAGUUCGUCAUGGACAAAGUUAACCCUGCCCAGAAGAUAAACAACAAAGUGGAGGGAACCCCCAAACCAGAAUCAAAAAAGAAGUCGAGUUCUUCCACCAUCACCAAUGAGAAGAUCACUCGCCUGUACGAGCUCGGCCCAGAGCCAGAGAGGAAGAUGUGGGUGGACCGAUAUCUGGCCUUUGCAGAGGAGAAGGCUAUGGGCAUGAACAACCUGCCCGCCGUGGGACGCAAGCCUCUCGACCUAUUCAGACUCUACAUAUCCGUCAAAGAGAUCGGCGGCCUCACCCAGGUGAACAAGAACAAGAAGUGGAGGGAGCUGGCCACCAACCUGAACGUGGGCACGUCGAGCAGCGCGGCCAGUUCGCUCAAGAAACAGUACAUCCAGUGUUUGUACGCCUUCGAGUGCAAGAUCGAGCGUGGCGAGGACCCGCCCCCGGACUUCUUCAACACAGACACCAAAAAGAACCAGCCGAAGAUCCAGCCUCCAAGCCCAGCUGGUUCAGGAUCCCUCCAAGGCCCCCAGACCCCUCAGUCCACCAGUAGUUCGAUGGCAGAAGGGGGAGACCUGAAGCCCCCCACGCCAGCAUCCACACCGCACACACAAAUGCCUCCUAUGCCUGGCGUCAGGAGUAGCGUAAAUUUGCAGGACCCUUUUGCUGAUGGUGGAGACCCAGCAUUUUCUAGAAGGAACGCCCUGACUCCCAACUCUCAGGGCUACCAGCCUGGUAUGGCUGGCCCCCCAGAGAUAAUGGGAAGAAUGGGUCCCUAUGAGUCCAACAAAGACCCCUUCGGCGGCAUGAGGAAAGCUGGAGAGCAGUUCAUGCCGCCAGGCCCUAACAGUGGGAUGGGAGAACAGUACAACAGAGGCCCACCUGGCCCCAUGGGCAAUAUGCAGAUGGGCCAGAGGCAACAGUACCCUUACGGAUACGACCGCAGACAGGAGCCGGGCAUGGGCCCUGACGGCAGCAUGGGACCAGGAGUUCCUCAGCCCAACAUGAUGCCUUCAGGAGCCGACACAGGGAUGUACUCGCCCAGCCGCCCUCCACCACAGCAAAGGCAUGAAUCCUAUGCCAAUCAGUACCCUGGCCAGGGAGCUCCCCCUGGUGGCCCAUACCCAAAUCAACAACCAGGAAUGUAUCCACAGCAGCAACCGAACUACAAGCGUCCUGUAGAUGGAGGGUAUGGUCCUCCCGCCAAGCGCCAUGAGGGAGAAAUGUACAAUGUCCCGUAUACUGGCCAGCAGCAGCCAGGACCCCAGCCCUCUGGGCCCCAGGGUCAACAGGACAUGUAUAAUCAGUAUAAUGCAUACCCUGGUGGGGAGCGCAGACCACCAGGCCCACAAAACCAGUUCCCCUUUCCCUUUGGCCGGGACCGAGGACCAUCAUCUGCAGGCCCCAACUCCCAGUCUCCAAUGCCACCCCAAAUGAUGGCAAGCUCCAUGCCUUCAGGUCCUGAUGGCCCACAGGGCCCAAUGUGGCAGGGCCGCAAUGAGAUGGGCUACCCCAACUAUCCCAACCGUCAGGGACCUCCUGUACCUGGCCAGGGCCCUGGCUACCAUGGCAUGAACCGCUCUGAGGAGAUGAUACCAUCAGACCAACGCAUGAACCACGAGGGUCAAUGGCCUGGCCAUGUCAACCAGAGACAGCCACCUUUUGGCCCCGGUGGUUCUGGACCACCCAUGACCAGACCCCUGCCAUCCACCUACCAGACUUCACAGAACCACAUUCCUCAGGUGUCAAGCCCAGCGCCAAUGCCCAGGCCCAUGGAAAGCAGGACAUCGCCCAGCAAGUCCCCCUACAUGCAUCCGGGCAUCAAAGUGCAGAAAGCCGGACCUCCGGUGCCAGCCUCCCACAUUGGCCAGGCCCCUGUACAGCAACCCAUGAUCAGGCGAGAUGUGGCUUUCCCUCCUGGUUCAGUAGAGGCCUCCCAACCCCACCUGAAACCUCGCAGGCGGCUAACCAUGAAAGACAUAGGCACUCCUGAGGCAUGGAGAGUGAUGAUGUCACUAAAGUCAGGCUUACUAGCGGAAAGCACGUGGGCCUUGGACACCAUUAACAUUUUACUGUAUGAUGACAAUAGCAUUACUACUUUUAACUUAUGCCAGCUUCCUGGAUUCCUGGAGUUGGUGGUGGAAUACUUCAGACGCUGCCUCAUCGAGAUCUUUGGUAUCUUAAAGGAGUAUGAAGUAGGAGACCCCGGCCAGCGCACCCUCAUAGACCCCAACGCUGCUGAUGAUUCUGAUGAUGAAAUUCCAAUGCCUGAGGGGGAGGACAUGGACACAGAUGAAGAGGACGACGAGGAAGAAGAGGUAGAAGAAACAAAGGCGAAUUCUGACGCCUCUUCACUGGUCCAAGUGAAACAGGAGGAGGACGGCUCCCAGAAAGACAGGUCUUCAGAGGACGAGGAAGAGGAGAAGGAAAGGGAGUCUUCUGUUAAGGAACCCAAUACCUCUACCUCAGGGUCCUCCCAAGACCCCAACCUCCACUCGGAAAAGCCCAGGCAGGCUAGUAAAUUUGAUAAACUCCCCAUCAAGUUGGUGCGGAAGAAGAAUCCCUUCCUGUUGAACCACUCAUCCAAGCUUGGGCAGCGGCAGUGCUUUGACAGCGGCCUGAUACACUGGAGCAUUGGUGGUGGUGACACUACCGAACACAUCCAGACCCACUUUGAGAGCCGGAAGAACCUUCUCAAACAGCGGAAACGCACGGCAACAUCCUCCGAGAAUCGCAAGAAGGUCCAGACGCCUGAGGUGGCGACGGAAAACCCUGAGAAAUCGAAGUCCCAUGGGGAGAAUAAGCUCCGGCAGCAGCAGCCCCAGCCAUCUGAACCUCAGAAGUCUCCAGCAGAGAAGGCACCUCCUCCUCCUCUUCCUAUUGGCGCACCAGUCACUGCCACCAUUGACGAUGUACUAUCUGCGCGACCAGGAUCAGUCACGGAGGAAGUUGUUCGUGGAGGCGCAGAGGAGCAGAAAGAAAACGGCAAAUACUUGUUCAGCAUCAACCCUGACCUGCAAAGCCGCCGCAACAUCAAGAUCUUAGAAGACGAGCCUCACAGCAAGGACGAAACGCCACUCAGUACUCUGUCGGACUGGCAGGACUCACUAGCCCGGCGCUGCAUCUGCAUUUCCAACAUAGUGCGCAGCCUCUCCUUUGUCCCUGGGAACGACCAGGAGAUGUCGAAACACCCAGGCCUCCUCUUGCUUCUGGGCCGCCUGGUGCUGCUCCACCACAGGCACCCCGAACGCAAACAGGCGCCGGUCACUUACGAGAAGGAGGAAGAGGAAGAUGAAGGCGUGAGCUGCGAGAGAGACGAGUGGUGGUGGGACUGCCUCGAGGUGUUACGGGAGAACUGCCUGGUCACUCUGGCGAACAUCUCAGGCCAGCUGGACCUUUCUAUCUAUCCAGAGAGUAUAUGCCUGCCACUGCUUGACGGCCUGCUCCACUGGGCUGUCUGCCCCUCAGCAGAGGCCUUGGACCCCUUCCCCACGCUGGGGCCCCAUGGCUCACUUUCCCCCCAGAGACUGGUCCUUGAGACCCUCAGCAAGCUCAGCAUCCAGGACAACAACGUCGACCUCAUUCUGGCAACGCCACCGUUCAGCCGCUUGGAGAAGCUCUAUGGCUCACUGGUGCGUCUGGUCGGCGAGCGCAAGGUGGCCGUCUGCCGGGAAAUGGCAGUCGUCCUGUUGGCUAACUUGGCCCACGGCGACAGCCUCGCAGCACGGGCUAUCGCCGUGCAGAAAGGCAGCGUGGGUAACCUGCUAGGCUUCCUCGAGGACAGUCUAGCGGCCACGCAGUACCAGCAGAGCCAGAGCUCCCUGUUACAAAUGCAGGGCGCACCCCAGUUUGAGCCCACCAGUGUGGACAUGAUGCGGCGGGCGGCCCGGGCCCUGCACGCACUGGCUAAGGUGGAGGAAAACCACUCGGAGUUCACUUUGUAUGAGUCGCGGCUACUGGACAUCUCAGUGUCCCCACUUAUGAACUCUAUGGUGUCCCAAGUGAUCUGUGACGUACUGUUUCUGAUUGGCCAGUCAUGACAGCCGUGGGGAGGUUUCAGCUCUGCCUCUUUCCGUUCCCCCUCCUCCCCCCCCUUUUUUUGUGUGUCUGUUGCGUGUGAGUGAAAAGAGCAAAACUGACUGUCCUUUUUUUUUCUUUUUUUUUCUUUUUUUUAAUUUAUGCAAAAUCACCUCGGAUUCCACUGUCUUUUUACCCCCCUGCUUCUCACUAAAGGAAGGAAUAUCAUGAAGUAGCUGUGGAUUUUAAACUUCUGAAAAUGGAAAGAUACUGGCGAAGAAGAGCAGAUUGGGACCCAGGCAUAGGACAGAGUGUGCUGCCCUGCAGAAAAAGGACUUGUUUUUUUUAAUGAAAAAACAAAAAUCUCCAGAAAAAAGAAAAAAACUGUAACCAAAGUUGCUGUCUCGUUUACAGUGAGUUUGGGGGAUACAUGUGCUUGGGGGAUACACGUGCUCGCUUUCUCCCUCGGGGGGGAGGGAGGGGGGUCGGCAGGGAGAAGAGGGCACGGACUAAACAAUAUUAUGGUUCAUGUUUGGAGGCUACAUAGACUCACAGACUGUGGUGUGGUAUAAUUGCUGUAACUUUGGAUGCUAUAUACUCAGCCCCACAGGAACCACAUUAUUGGCUGUGAACAGACAUCUGUCAUGGGAGGCCUGUGCAGUAGAUUGUAGGACUUUUUUCUGUACUGUACACCUUAAAAACUGUAAACAUACUGUAAUAAUACUGUUUCACACUGAGAUACGCUGGCUUGGCAGCAAACUGUAGUUUUUAAAAACAGUUUUAGUUAAUGUCGAGAGAGAAAACGGCUUUCCCCCCAAAGUAUGGUGAACCUACAACACCCCGACCUCUUCUCUUUGUCCCUUGAUUGUAUGACUUGACCCUUAUAUUAAAAAGUCACCUCUUUAGGACUGGUCCUCAACUCUAGAUGCAGUCCAAGCUGCAGUGUAUAUAUGAUGUUGUACAUUACACUUCUCUCUCUCUCUUUCUCAAAUUCUGUUGCUCUUCACCAUCUUUUUAAUCUUUGACGACAACAAGUUCGACGCAUCAAGUACGCCAUGUGAUUACUUGACGCCUCCCCUCCCCACACCCCC